AGGAGGAAAACAAACCUUCUACUAAUCGACGGCGGAAUCCGUGUCGACUCAACUUUCCAUCGUUGAGAUUCUUCUGAGAGCGAUCUUUCUCCGGCCGCCGCCGCCGCCGCCGCCGCUUCCUCCCCUGCAUCCAUCUUUCUUCUUAUUGAGUUGUUACUAUGACGGUCGGUGUGCUUGCGCUACAGGGCUCGUUUAACGAACACUUGACGGCACUGCGAAGGAUAGGGGAGAAGGGUGUGGAGAUUCGGAAAGCGGAGCAGCUGGAGGCCGUCGAUGCCCUCAUUAUCCCUGGCGGCGAGAGCACCACCAUGGCCAAGCUCGCCCAUUACCACAAUCUUUUUCCUGCUUUAAGAGAAUUCGUAAAAACUGGAAAACCUGUGUGGGGAACCUGUGCAGGGCUCAUAUUCUUGGCAGACAAUGCAAUUGGUCAGAAAUCAGGAGGACAGGAGCUUAUUGGGGGACUAGAUUGCAUGGUUCAUCGAAAUUUUUUUGGUAGUCAGCUUCAGAGCUUUGAAAUACAACUUUCAGUGCCUAAACUUGCAGAGGAAGAAGGGGGGCCUAGUACCUUCCGUGGAGUCUUUAUACGUGCACCAGCCAUCUUAGAAGUUGGACCCGAAGUAGAGGUAUUAGCAGACUGUCCUGUUCCUCCAGAGACUAGGAAGAAUAUGAUGCUUGUUGCCAAUGAUCAGAAGGGGAUAGCUUCAAGUGACAGAGUAAUUGUUGCAGUUAGGCAAGGGAACUUACUUGCAACUGCUUUUCACCCUGAAUUGACUUCCGACUCGCGAUGGCACAGCUUCUUCCUAAAAAUGAAGAAAGACAAUGGUGGCAAGAUGUUGCAAUGCACCUCCACAUCCGAGACAGAUGCCCUUCAAGAAAAGAAGCCAUAUGACCUCCCUAUAUAUGAAUAAUGUUGCAGAAAACAUAAUUGGCCAUGUCUAGGUCAUUCCUAACCAAUUUACAUAUAUUUGUAGUUUAUAUACCUUCAUAUUUCGAAGGUCGUGUUCGUUUGAGACCAUUCAAGUAAUGACAUAUGUUGCAUGCAGUUUAACAAAAUCAUUGUAUGCAUAA